AACGCACAGCUCACACGCGAGACGGACGUUGGAGCAGAAACGCCGACGGUCGAUCAGUCGGCGCUCCCUUCGCAAACAAAAGUGAGUUGCGAGCGUGUCGCUUGCUAACUCGGCAGCCGAAUGCGUGGGACGCCAACCGCUGGGCUGAAUCAUUUAUUUCGGCAUCGCCCUGGUGCCACGCGGUGGCUUCGACAACUUUUCCACGGCGAUUCGGGUCGACGUGUCACUCGGCGUGUCGGACGCCGCUUGUGUAGAGAGACACGCGCGCGCACGCGGGCGACUUGAAUCCGACUGCGAGCGAUCUCUGGAACCAAAGGAAUCCACCUACCCCAGGAUCGUCCUCCACCCGCAGCCGCCGAGAUGGCCGGGAAGGGGAAGCAGAGCGACGGAUUUGAUCUGACGCCAACCUUCAUUCCCGAACGAGGUAGCGUCAAGAAUGGCUUCCACAACGCCGGCUUCGAGCGAGACGCGCCAGAGGAGGUCACAAAGGAGGAGGUCACAAAGAAGGCGAACAAAGACAAGAAGGACAAGAAGCCAAAGCAGACAGUCGGCGUACUGGAAGUGUUCCGGUUCGCCGACGGCCUGGACGUGGCCCUCAUGAUCGUGGGCCUGGUGGCUGCGAUGGGUCACGGAGGAGCCCUCCCGCUCAUGAUCAUCGUGUUCGGCCAAAUGACCGACAGCUUCGUCCGCAGCGGCAUCAACGCCACGGUGCCCGGCGGUGCCAACGACACGAACGUCACCUUCCCGUCGGCAAACCUGAGCGCCACCGAAAUGGGCGACUUGCUGCAGGCCGAGAUGUCGAAGUACGCUUGGUACUACGUGGCCAUCGGCUGCGCCGUGCUGGUGUCCGCGACGCUGCAGGUGUCGUGCUGGAUGCUGGCGGCGGCGCGCCAGUGCCAACGCAUCCGCCACCAGUUCUUCCGCGCAAUCCUCCACCAGGAGAUGAGCUGGUUCGACACGACGCAGAUCGGCGAGCUGGGCUCGCGACUCACCGACGACAUCAACACGAUCAACGUCGGCAUCGGCGACAAGGUCAGCCUGUUCAUGCAGUUCUUCUCCUCCUUCGUGGUCGGCUUCGUCAUCGGCUUCGCCCACGGCUGGAAGCUCACGCUCGUCAUCCUCUCCGUGAGCCCGCUGCUCGCCAUCUGCGCCUCGAUGCUCGCCAAGCUGCUGGGCUCGCUGACGACAGCCGAACUGACCGCGUACGCCAAGGCCGGAGCCGUGGCCGAGGAGGUCCUGAUGGCCAUCAGGACGGUGGUGGCCUUCGGAGGUCAGCAGAAAGCCGUCGACAGGUACAACAAGAACCUGCACGACGCCAGCACGAUGGGCAUGAAGAAGGCCGUCGCCACCAACCUGUCGUUCGGACUCACGCAGUUCAUCAUCUUCGGCUCGUACGCCCUCGCCUUCUGGUACGGCACCAAGCUGGUGAUUGAAGAGCCCGAGAACUACACCAUCGGACGCGUGCUCAUCGUGUUUUUCUCCGUCCUCAUUGGCGCCUUCUCGCUGGGACAAGGAGCUCCUAACCUGGAGAGCUUCUCCAACGCCCGCGGUGCGGCGUUCACCAUCUUCCAGAUCCUAGACAAGCCCCGCCCCAUAGACAGCAGUUCCGAUGAUGGGUUCAAGCCGGAGCGGAUCAAAGGCGACAUCUCAUUCAGAAACAUCCACUUCUCUUACCCCUCCCGGCCUGACGUGCAGAUCCUCAAGGGGCUGAACUUGGAGGUGGAGAGCGGCAAGACGAUCGCCCUGGUGGGCAGCAGUGGCUGCGGCAAGAGCACCACCAUCCAGUUGCUGCAGAGGUUCUACGACCCCGGCGCUGGCGAGGUGCUGGUGGACGGUCGCGACGUGCGCUCGCUGGGCGUGCGCUGGCUGCGCGAGCACAUCGGCGUCGUGAGCCAGGAGCCGGUGCUCUUCGCCGCCACCAUCGGCGAGAACAUCCGGCACGGGCGCCAGGACGCCAGCGACGCCGACGUAGAGCGAGCGGCGCACGAGGCCAACGCCUUCGACUUCAUCUCGCGCCUGCCCGAGAAAUUCAACACGAUGGUGGGCGAGCGCGGGGCGCAGCUGUCGGGCGGACAGAAGCAGCGCAUCGCCAUCGCGCGCGCCCUCGUGCGCAACCCCAAGAUCCUGCUGCUGGACGAGGCAACGUCGGCGCUCGACACGGAGAGCGAGGCCGUCGUGCAGUCCGCCCUCGACAAGGCUCGCCAAGGCCGCACGACGAUCGUCAUCGCCCACCGGCUGUCGACGAUCCGCACUGCCGACGUCAUCGCCGGCUUCAACGACGGCGUCGUGGUGGAGCAGGGCUCGCACGCAGAGCUUAUGGAGCGCCGCGGCAUCUACCACCUCCUCGUCACCCAGCAGACGCUGGGACAGGAUCCUGACGAGGAGGGCGCCGCGGAUUUAGAAAACUUGGAGGACGAGGACGACGACGAGAUCAAUGAUGAUGCGGUGGAGGACGAGGAGGAGGAGGAGGAUAUCGUGUUGGAGGACGACCACGAGGUGGUGGCUACCGGCUCGCUCCACCCCGGGCAGGACUCGAACCACGGCGCGCCGGGCGACGCGGCGUCGCUGGCGGGGGCGUCGUUCCGUGACGGCGCGAGCUCUCGACGGUCGCAGAGGACGGCGAAGAUGAGCCGGGCGGAGAAGAGGCAGAGGAAGAAGAAGAGGAAGGCGGAGCAGGGAGAGAAAGCCAAGAGCCAGAAGGAGCUGGAGAAGGAGGAGGAGGCGGAGCUUCCAACAGUGAAGUACUCCCAGAUCUUGGCGAUGAACCGCCCGGAAUGGCACUUCCUGGUGAUCGGCGUCGUGGCGGCGAUUGUGAGCGGCGGGGUGCAGCCGGCGUUCGCCGUCUUUUUUGCCAAAAUCAUCGGGGUGUUUAACGAACCAGACGCACAGGUGAAGAGCACCAAGACGAUCACCUACUCGCUCAUCUUCCUGCUCCUGGGCGCCAUCAGCUUCGUCUCCUACUUCCUGCAGGGCGUCAUGUUCGGCAAGGCCGGCGAGAUUCUCACCAUGCGAGUGCGCGGCCGCCUUUUCAAGGCCAUACUGCGACAGGACAUCUCCUGGUUCGACGACCACAAGAACGCCGUGGGGGUGCUGACCACACGCCUAGCGACGGAUGCCUCGCAAAUCAAGGGGGCUACGGGGGCUCGCCUGGGCCUGUCUGCGCAGACGCUCGCCAGCCUGGCGACGGGGGUCAUCAUCGCGUUCGUCUUCGGCUGGCAGCUGUGCCUGCUCAUCCUCGCACUCAUGCCCAUCAUCGCCAUCUCCACCGUCAUCCGCUUCCGUGCCGUGGGCGGCCACGCUAACAAGGAUCACACGGCGCUGGAGAAUUCCGGCAGGAUCAGCACAGAGGCAGUGGAGAACAUCCGUACGGUGGUGGGCCUGUGCCGGGAGGAUGCCUUCUUCCAGAGCUUUGCAGACAGCUUGGAGGAUGUGCACAAGCAGAGCAUGCGCCAGGCCCCGCUUUCCGGCCUCACGUACGGCAUCUCCCAGAUGAUGCUCUACAUCAUCUACGCCGUCACCUUCCGCUUCGGCGCCUGGCUUGUCGCCAACCAGUACAUGACGUUCGAGAACGUCUUCCUGGUCUUCUCGGCCAUCGUCUUCUCGGCGAUGUCGGUGGGUCAGACGAGCUCCUUCGCGCCCGACUUCGCCAAGGCUCAGAUGUCGGCGCGGCGAGUCUUCGCGCUGCUGGCGCAGGUGCCCUCCAUCGACAGCUACAGCGAGGCCGGGUCCGCCCCGCCGGGGGGCGCCCGCGGGCGCGUCGAGUUCCGUGACGUGCGCUUCCGCUACCCGACGCGUCCCGGCGUGCCCGUCCUGCAGGGCCUCAGCGUCGCCGUGGAGCCCGGCCAGACGCUGGCCCUCGUCGGCAGCAGCGGCUGCGGCAAGAGCACCUCGGUGCAGCUCCUCGAGCGCUUCUACGACCCCGCCGAUGGCGUUGUGCUGCUGGACGGUGAGGAGCUGCGCACUCUGAGGAUCAGCUGGCUGCGACAGCAGAUGGGUAUCGUGUCGCAGGAGCCCAUCCUCUUCGACUGCAGCAUCGGCGAAAACAUCGCCUACGGGGACAACGAGCGCAGCGUGAGCCACGCCGAGAUGCUGGCGGCUGCCCAGGCGGCCAACAUCCACAACUUCAUCGAGGAGCUGCCCGACAAAUACAACACGCGCGUCGGCGACAAGGGGGCGCAGCUGUCGGGCGGACAGAAGCAGCGCAUCGCCAUCGCGCGCGCCCUCGUGCGCAACCCCAAGAUCCUGCUGCUGGACGAGGCCACGUCAGCGCUCGACACGGAGAGCGAGAAGAUCGUACAGCAGGCCCUGGACCGGGCCCGCGAAGGCCGGACCUGCAUCGUCAUCGCCCACCGCCUCUCCACCAUCCAGAACGCCGACAUCAUAGCCGUCAUCCAGCAGGGCCGUGUCGUCGAGAUUGGCACGCAUACCGAGCUUUUGGCGCGGCAGGGCGCCUACCAUUCUCUCGUCAACGCCCAGGUUAACCACCACUAGCACUCGAUCCUCUGCGAUGGAAGCGUAUUCAUCAAUUUGACCUGCCCAACUGUUAAUUCUUCCAGAAUUGGUGUGAUUUCUGGAGGUGGGUUAAAACCGGGAUCGAGGUCGGCUUAUUUUUAGGUGGGGAUGGGGGACCAUUGCAAGUGGCAGUACAGCAAUGGAUUCGUGACUACAUCUGUGCGGAGUUUAUGGUUGUCCCCUUGAAUGCAUGGUGGGUUUGGUCCAGCUUAAUCCCAAUUAAUGCCAAACGCUUGGUACAAAAAAAAUAUGGGACUGGCCAGACAUCACAAUGCAGGACCCUCCUGAAAAAGAGUCUUGACUCGGCGAGGCUGUCUUGGGAUUAUUACUGGAAUUACUUUAAGAAGUAGGAUACGGUUGCAUUAAACCUUUUAAAAAGGGAUUUACACCCCUUCCCUGAUGGAGGCACGCAAAACAGCCUGCACUAGGCCAGGCCCGUUUGGGCCUAGUAAAGGCUUGUACGCACAUGGACAUGUAUAUUAUGCACACACUUAUAUGAACCUGUAUAUAUGCACAACAUGCUUUACACACACACACACUUCAGGCUGUAAAUAACCUUAACGCCACCUGAACUGGGGGAGUUUCCCCAGGUUCGUCCUCUUUUUGGAGGCGGUGGUAGCUGCUGCUCUGGGAUUUUUGAAAGUUGGGGGACCGGGUGGGCGGGCAGGCGGGCAUGCCACUGGGAAACAGUUCCCAUUGGUUACCCCCCCCCCACCCCCCCCUCCCGGUCGACACGGAUAACUCUGCUGCACAUGCAGUCUACAAGCAUAUUGCUGCUCUUAAAAAGAUUAGUCAUUGGGCUUGCUGCACACGCACACUUCCCCCACCCCCCCCCCCCGCCGCUCAAUUGCACAACCCCUACCACAACCCAAACCAGCCCAAUACCCCCUUGGCCACAGGAUUGGUGCCUAAACAUAAAAUGGCGCGUUCCCUAAAAAGGAAAGGCACAGAGACAAAAUAGGGAAGAUACAACAACAGGGCCAAAUCUAGGGGUGGGGGAUAUACAGAGGCAGGAGGUGAGGGCCUAAAGAGUCAAGGGCAAGGCCUAUGGAAGUUGAACUUCCCUGGGUCGAUUUUAAGGGAAUAAUAAACUCCUUGAAAAUAGUUUUUUUUUAAACAACGGUUUUAUUAACAACUUAGUUUAACUCGCGGUCGAGAAGUACGUCAAAUGGCGCCUGAGACACGUGGCGCCUGCGUUUUGUGCGAGCCGAUUCCACAGUUUAGCGACCGCGGCGUUUUUGACCUAUACAAAUAUAUAGAAAUAAUAAGGCGUCCACACAAAAUGUUAAUUGCUUUAAAAAGUAGCGAUUUAAUCGAUGCCGAUUUUGAUACAGGCAUGCAUGGUCACCGCAUCGGAGUACGUGUGCAAAAUGUGGAAUUGAUUGGACAACGGGAAAUUUUGAUUACAAGAUUUGACCACGACAAACAGAAGAAUCAAGUUAAGCAAAACCGUUGAAAAAGCAUCGAAUCCGACAAAGUGCCACGGAGGCGGCCACAGGCCCAGCUAGUUGUACCCAAGCCUACGCACCUACCGGCUACCGACUCGGUGCGGAGCCUGCUACUCGUGUAUUUAAAGUUUUUAAAGUUAUCUUAUUAAGCACAAUAGACAUGAUAUGAAAAAGGUGGUUCUGCAAAGAAUGGAAUUGUAGCAUUGCCACCACCCCCCCCCCCCCCCGUAAAAAAGUGUGCGUUUUCAUGGGGUGCUCCUGGCAGGUUUCCUUCCCAAAAUGCUCGUAAACAAAAUAAAAAAGUCUUUAAUAUAUAUAGAGGACUGCAGAGCUUAGGCACCCGUUGGUACCACUGUAUAAGUGCCGCGCCUCGUUGCUCCAUGGCAACUGGGAGAUGCAAUUUGCACGCAGGAUGACGCCGUGUAUAUGAAGCUAAAAACAUUCAACCCCUUUCUUGGGGGGGGGGGGGGGAUAGAGGUGAGGAGAAACGCAGAUGCGAAAAAAUACCCUGCAAUCGUUUGUCCAACAUCGUGGGUGGUGGGACCAUGCAGUGCAACACAGCGCGGCGUUCCAUCGGAAAUGGCGCAAACGGCCAUGUCACCUUGCCAUGGCAGAGAUUCGCUGGUGACGACAUUGACCAGCAUCACGGGCGAUUUUGCCAGAAGAGUGAAGCAAUCCACCUGCUUCCGGUCUUAAAUAGAGCAAGACGACAUUGCAGAGAACGA